AGUUUUUAUGGUGUUAUAUUAUAAUCCAAAAUACAUCUUUUUAAUUCUUUAAAAUCAUCUUUCAUAAAAUGUUUAAAAAUAUUUCGUUUUUAAUUUUAAUUUAUGUGAUCCAAAUAGUUGUAUAAAGAUGUAUUCCUGAUUGUUAGCCAUGUUAUCUUUUGAGUUAAUUUUAAUAAUUCUUAGAAAGUGACUAUAAUACAUCUUAAUCUAGUUUAAUUAUAUACAGUAGUUAAAAAUGUCUUGAUUCUUUUAUACUUUAAUUUAUAAUUUGAGGUUUGACGUCUCAACAGUCCGACGAUUUCUCAUUUCACCUAUAUCAUUGUGAACAGUAACUCAAGCUGGCACGAAGAAGCCAUACACUGGGUUUAUCCUGACACUUCGGCCUCGAAGACCAAAAAAAACACCAAUGAAUCGGUUGAAAUCUGAGGUGAUCUUCCUUAAAAAAACUCAAAAAACAACACAAGAUGGCAAUUUAAUAACAACUGUUCCUCCCACUGCCCCACCCAUGAGAUCUUCCACAGAGACACCUAUUCGCCCACCAGUCACUUCUGCCACAUGGUGGCCCCCAGGAGUCUACCUGGGCCCUCGUUCUCGGAGACCUCCAUUGCACCCACACAUCAUCCAGCCUGCACUGCUCAAAUGGGAGCGUAAGUUCCCUAAGAUCUGGUUCCGGACAGGGGGAACCCGAUUCACUUAUCCACCAGAAGUGGAAAACUAUCCAUUCACCUUCGACUGGCAUGUGCCUAAGAAGAAGAGGGUGGAUCGCUGGACUAUGCGUCCUGACUGGCCACUGGAUUCUCCUCUCUUCAAGGACAAUAUCCCGGACUAUAUUGAGGAUGUCACGUUGCCACCAAUUCCGGAGAUGGGAGAGACAUUGUACCCCAAAACAUCUCCUAAACCAUGGUGGACCUACCCUCCAUGGUGGGAACAGAAGAUUGCUGCAGAAGCAAAUGGUACUACACCUCGCACUCCAAGGACUUUAAAAACUUCAAAACCCACGUUGACAACCAUUGAUAUAUUAAAAAUAUUUACAACUUCACCUCAUAAAGUUUCAAGAACAAAGAUGAAUACUGAACUUACAUUUGAUUUAAAGAAUGGAGCUGUGAGACCCAUCAAAGAAGUAUCAACACAGACGGCACGGAAGACUACAGUAAAAAGGAAACCUACACUGACUUUUACUCUAUCCACUAGUAAGAAAUCUCCAGAGACCUUGACUCCCACAACAGCAAGUAUGCGCUUGGACCCCAUUCAGCAGAAAAAGGUUGUGCACCAUGUGGGUCCAUGGUGGAAACUGACCAUUGUGGAGCAUGUGCCACACCCAAAUUUUACACACUCAGGUGACACCUCUGGUGUGAGACUGAAAAGAUCUCUACGUAAAUAUAAGGGAUUGGUGAGACAAAAUGCGAUAAGAAGAAAAAAGAAUUUUACAUUGACACUUAAAAGUGGUAAUAAACCUUUUCCUUUAAACAUAUAUCUAGGAGAGCCAUCUGAUUUUGUAAAAAGAGAGAGUAGUAAAUUACAGUUAAACUUUGACGUCUAUAAUCUUGGUACUUCUUUAUUGAAGCAAAAUGAUUCUAGUUUCCAUAAAAUAAGUGAAAUCUUCAAAUCAAAGUUAAAGAAUAUCAGUGCGAGUAUAAUAAAAAGGAAAUUUGUGGGUUUGGUGAGACAAAAUGUAAUCAGGGGAAAACACAUUAGUACUGAACAGAAGAAAAAUUACAUCAGUCCUAUUUGUUCUCAGCUCGAAUCACCUGAUUUCAUAGAAAAAAAGGAAAUUGAAUUACAAUUGAAACUUAAUUUCUCUAAUUUUGACAAGCCUUUAUUAAACCAAAAUGUUUCUAAUUUUUCUAUCAUUAAAACAAUCUUCAAAGCUGCUUUAAAAGAAAUAUAUGCUCGUAGAAAUCAAGGAAUAGAACGAUUUGACUUACAAACUAUUUCAAAUUUUAUGGAACCUAUGAAAAUGCCAUUUGAAUUGAAAAAUCAUUUGAUUAGCUUACUUCCAUCAUUGUUGAAAAAGCGGCCUUUGGAAAGCAGGAAAGCAAAUCUUUUUUAUGCACUCACUGGAGAAAUUAGAAGAUAUAUAUUGAACAUUAUGAAAAUUAAAAUGUUUGAUAUAAAGGCAAUGUUAAAGUAUAAAGCCAGUGAUUUGAGAAUUAAAUCAGAAUCUAAAUUAAGAAUUGUACAUUUUCUAAAAUUGUUUUAUAAACCAAAGUUAGCUAAUGCUCAGUGGACUAGAAGUGUUUUGGAAAAAUAUGGAGGAACAAAAUUUAUGGUUCAAGGCACACUUCACAAACAGGAAAGAAAUAGUUCAUCCCUUCUUGGAAUACAACAAUCUAUCACUGAUAUUGCCUUAAAAAAACAUUUUCCAGAACAUUUGAUAAGAGAAAAGAGAGAAGAAAAGCCAAUUGAAUUAGGAGUGUCGUCUUUCAACUGGUCAUCCCAUUCAAUGGAAAAUGUUGUUGACGAAUUAGUCAAUGAAUUACCAAUGAAAACCAUCAAGAAAGAAGUGAAAAAAGACAUGAUCACAGAGCUCCACAAAGGGAUGAUGCAGAAAUUUGGACGAACAGACGUAAAUGAGGCAGUUGUUUCAAGAAUGGCUAAAAUUGAAGCAGAAGAAGCAAAUCCAAUUGUGGAUAAGGUAAUGGAGAAUUCUGUGAGAGAAGUGAUUCAGAAGCUUCUGGAUGAGGUUUUGACUACCCUUAGGCAGAACACUUGGGUGAAGACAAGUAUGGUGAAACUGUUUGAAGAAGGGUAUUCUGUGGAAUCUGUAGUGGACGCUAUAUCCAACCAGAUAUCAAUCAGUUCUUUGCUAGACAGUAUGGAAAAAGAAGGAGUCAAUAUCACUCAGAGUCAAAGACAUCUAGUGUUAACAGAGUUUAAGGAUUAUAAACAAUUGUUGAAUAGGAUGCUCAAGAAGGAGGUAGAACUUUGGGAAUAUCAGUUGUUAAAGAAUCCCAUCAUUGCAAGACGGAAAAGAAAUACUUUACUACAACAACGUAAUGAAAAAAAUUUAAAAUUUCCAGUUGGGUCACAAAAACUAUUUAGAACAUUCAAAAAAAGAACACCAAUUUAUUCUACUUUUGAAAUCAACAGGAAAAGUUUGAACUCGAUGAACAAAAAAGAUUUUAAGUCUAUUUUUAGAGAUAAGAGAGCAAUUGGAGAUAGUGGUUUUAUGGAGGAAGAGAAAUCUGAGUAUGAUGAACAAGACCUCAACAUUGAUAAGGAAUUGUCAGCCAUAGAGAAAAGCUCAAUGUCUGAUGGAAGGAAGAUCAAGAAACUCAAGAAACAUCUGAAAUGGCUUCAGAGUCAGACACAGAGCCCGGCAGAGAUUGUUUUUCCUGAAAAUUUUGAGGAGGACCUCAUGCGGACAGAAGGUUACGAUGAUGAGGGGUCAGAUUCAAAACUUGCUAAACCAAAACGUUUCAAACAGAAGUUUCAAUGGCGUGUCCGCACAAAGAAACCAACACUGAAAGUCAUCACAUUUCUACCUAAGAUACGUCUGACGAGAGGACGACCAUUCAUGCCCCUGACAACAACUGAGGAGACCCUUGUGAUACCUGAGACACACCCACCUACAAGAAGAAGAAAAACAAAGACACCACAUCUAUUCAGGAAGGUGAUUGAUCCUACAUUUUUGACUACACAACCAUUGAGGAAACCAAUCUGGCUUGACUUAUCACAGAAGACUUUGCCACCGAGAUCGAGGGUGCUCAAAGCAAGGCCUCUAAUCAGAAGGACAACAUCACAACCUGCAAGAACUUUUGCUCAAAUGAAGAGUUUCAAGACGAUGAAAUUUGGCCAGAAAACACAACAACCUGUCAUUUCUCUUCAGGAGUUUUUGAAGAGGAGGAAUGAGUUUAGGCGAGUCAGAGAGGAAGUUAUGUGGAAUAAGAACUUCCAUACCUCGAGUGAGGAGCUCCCAAAAGGAAAGAAUAUAGAAUCCUCAGAACAGUCAGAGGAAUUAACGGAAGAAACUGAUCUUUCUUUUGAUGGAAAACUUUCUAUGGAAGUCAAACCAGAGGACUUUACUCUACGACCUUUGUCAGACUUCUUGUACACAUGGCCAGUGAUGACAACAGUUCCUAACAGUAAUGUGAGAGAGACAACAGAUAUGCCUGUACCUGUUGUAGAGGGGACUAAAAUCCCGAAAAAAAGCAAAUCUGUGACGAGAAGACCACCAUCAAACUCUACAAGAAGAAGAUAUACAAAGAAAACUGGAUACACAAGAGCUUCAAACAGAGGAGCAACAAGAAAAAAAAUUAAAAGAAAAAUUGAGAAACCAAGUAUCAGUGGGUUGGAGGAAGAAGAAUCAAAGGAUUUAGAAGUCUUGGUUGACUCUGACGUUGAAAGAAAUAAAAGAGACAUUUCAACCACUUACAGUCUUCGACCUUUUACCAGCGGAAUCAAGCAGGAUGGGAAGAACAGAUCAAGUACUGAUGAUGAGCCACUUUUUGGAAUAGAAAGGAACAUAUCGCGAAGGGAGCUGGAGGAGAAGAUUAGAUCAAAGAAAUCGAGCUGGGCAUUUGGCGUGCCUCUAGCGACAGAUAACCCAACAAGUGUUAACACAUCAAGUAACAGUUUUGAAACCUAUCAACAGGAGCACAAGAAAUGGUUCGGGGAACGACGGAGAGGUGUUCCAGUCAACAAUUACGACAUAGACUGGGAUCAGAUGCGACGGAAACUUGAGCUUCAGGAGAUCUCUUCCUGGUAUAAACUGAAAGAGCAGAGAGGACGAACACCCAAGUUUGAUAGAACACAGCUGAGGAAGUAUUGGAGUGUGGUAGAUAGAAAUAUGAACAUCACAGAGAUAACAACGGUUGCUACAACAACGAUCACAGUGACAUCUCCACCUCUCACUGUCAGACCAAUCGUGUGUGGUAUGAUAAAACAUACAUUCCGGAGUUUAAAAAGUACAUGACAAGGCCCUUCUUCAAAAAUUACAUCUAUGAAGGUAGUCUGGAGAAGAAGGACCAGCAUCUGGAUGGCUAUGAGCCACCUUUCGGGCGAGUGGACAAAACUGGAAAGACACUUUUCGGGCGACUUUACCGUGAACCCAGGAAGCGACAUUAC